AUGUCGGGCCGCUGCUGCCAGGAGCAGACGCCCAAGCCUGGUUAUCCGGAGGAGUUUGCCUUUCCAGGCACGUGGCUGCUCUCCCAGAUGAUGAAACCGGUGCAGGCCCUUGACAAAAAAAAAGUGCUAAAUAAUAAGUAUGACUUUAAAGGUGACUCCUGUUGCCUUACACACCCAGCUGUGAAGACGGCCCAGCUGUAUUUCCUGCCCCAAAAUGCUAAAAAAGACCCUGACGGUGCCCUUGUUCUCCCCCCAGGUACCAGGAUUAUUUACGACCGUAAGUUUCUGAUGGAGUGCCGCAAUUCUCCCAUUGCCAAAACACCACCUUCUGACCUUCCGGACAUUCCAGGUGUCACCAGCCCCAACGUGGAGGAGUUGAAGAUUGAGAACAACCACGUCCAAACCUGUGAUGAGAAAGUGAGCGCAGGUGAGGAGGAGCAGUUUGACAUGGACAUCUAACACCGGCGCCCCCGGAGUGCUCACCCAGUGAAGAACCAGGACCUUGUCUCGAGGAUUCCCACCAGCCAGGCUCCGGCGCAGCCCGUGCCUUGAGUGAGUGCCUUCCUGCUUCCCGGGAAGGGCCCCUCUUCCCCCCCGGGGACGGAGCGUGUCCCGUUUCGGGGCUGAGCCUCGGCCCCCGGCGCAGCCCCCGCCGAGGACGGGCCUUGGGGUGCCGGAGGAGACACUCUCAAUGAUUGGUUUUGUUUCCAUUUUUAUGCUUUUUUUUUUUUCUCUUUUGUUAAUCAUUUUAAUACUGUAAAAGUGACAGAAAUGCGAUACAAGGGAGAAAUAAAAAUCAUUUGGAGUCUCCUGGUAUGGAGAUGACUGCAAUAAA